UAGUGUGCGAGUGUGUGUGAGUGAGUGAAUGAGUGAGUGUGGAGGUCAUGUCCGACUAGCAUGCCUGUUCUCUACGCUACGCUUCUGCUCUGUGUUUACGGCUUCUUUACCAACCUCCGGCCGUCGGAGCCUUUCCUCACCGCUUACUUGAUGGGACCGGACAAGAACCUGACAGAGACUCAGGUUGUGAGUGAAAUUUAUCCAGUAUGGACGUAUUCCUACCUGGCGUUGUUGUUUCCUGUUUUCCUGGCAACUGACUACCUCCGUUACAAGCCCGUAUUGAUCCUGCAGGCCACUAGUUUGGUAGUGACCUAUGUCAUGCUGCUGAAGACGCAGGGCGUGUUGGCCAUGCAGCUUCUUGAGUUUUUCUUCGGGCUUGCCACGGCCUCAGAGGUGGCUUACUUCUCUUACAUCUACAGCGUGGUUGAGCCGGCGCUCUACCAGAGAGUGACAGGCUUCUGCCGCAGCAUCACCCUGUUUGGAUCAGCUGCUGGAGCUCUGACCGGUCAGCUUCUGUUUUCUGUGGCCAAGGUUCGGCUGGUCCACCUCAUCAUUAUCACUCUGACGUCGGCCUCCGUGGCCUUCGUCGCUCCCUGGUUUCUACCUAUGCCCAAGAGGAGUUUGUUCUUCCACAACAGCACGGGGUCAGCAGAGGAGAUGGAGCGCAACAGCAAAUCCCUCAUGGAGAAGACGGAGGAGCUAGAGACCGAAGUGCCUCUGAAAAGGCUGGAUAAGUCUACAAUACCCAGGUCUCCUGAGGCAGAAAGUCCUAGCAGUGGUCUUUUGGAGGUGUUGCGAAUGCUGUUUGAUGAUUUCCUGCACUGCUACAGAUGCCGCCCCCUGCUGGCCUGGUCGCUGUGGUGGGCUAUGGCCACGUGCGGCUACUUCCAGAUCAUCAACUAUGUUCAGGCCUUGUGGGAGAACAUUCGUCCGUCCCAGGAGUAUGAAAUCUACAACGGCUACGUAGAGACACUGUCCACGCUGUUCGGGGCUCUGGCAGCUCUGCUGGCGGGCUACCUGCCCAUAUGCUGGACUCUUUGGGGAGAGCUGGCUCUGUGUGUCCUCUCCCUGCUGAUGUCCGCGUGCGUGUUUGUCAUGGAUGCACCGAGAAACAUCUGGAUGUCUUACGCCUCAUACGUCUUCUUCAGGGCCACAUACAUGCUUCUCAUCACCGUGGCUACAUAUCAGAUCGCAGCCAGUCUCAACAUGCAGCGGUAUGCCUUAGUGUUUGGAGUGAACACCUUCAUGGCUCUUGUGCUGCAGUCUCUAAUCACCGUAGUGGUGGUGGACUCGGCAGGCCUUGGCCUCGAUGUCUUCACACAGUUCCUCAUCUAUGGUGGCUACUUUGCUGUCAUUUCUGUGGUCUUCCUCGUCGCCGGGCUUCACAAAGUGGCCUCCAGGAGGCGCUCGGAGAAGGAGGUCCCAGCCAACAACCCCACAGAAGCGGGCAGCCUGUCGUCCUAUCAGUGACGCGAGCUCCUGCGGCCGAUGAUGUUGACAAACUAAAGCGCCAGAGCCGAUGGAAAUCUCUUCAACCACGCAAAGCUUCUUUAUUGUGUCAGAGCAGAAUGUGACACAGUAGAAGGUACAGACUUAUUAAAACACUACAAAACAUUUUGGCCACAGAACAAGCUGAACACAGCACAAGCAUAUUAGCACUAUACGGUUGUUAUAGCCAAUGUGUUGCACAUCCAACAUCCAUGGGACAAAGGUACGAUAGACUACUUAAGCACUUCUCAAAAUAAUGAUUAAUUACAACUGAUGUGCUGGAAACAGCUGCCUUUAAUGACAGAAAAAGAGCUAUUGGGAGAAGUGUGUGUGUAGUAUGUCCAAAACAAUGAGCGAAAAGAGGCUCAAAAGCAGAGCUGGAUGACAUUAAAUAAAGUCAUCUGAUUUAAUGUGCAAAAAAAAAAAAAAAAAAAAAAAGACUAAUCAAUGCAGCUUUACAACACCAUACAUCACACACUGUUACAAAGGUACAGGAAUCCUUUUCUAUUUCUGUUAUUGAAGCUGAUGCCUUAGAUUUGAUAUAAAAAACUAAUAAUAAUAACAAUAAUAGUAAUGGUACCUUAUUAGUGCUGCUACUUCUGUGUUAACUUUGCCACCAGCCAAAAAGAUAUAUUAAUAUUUUUAUAGUUAUUAUUUCCUCUUGUGAUUACAUGUAUUGUGUUCUGACAUAAGUGUUGGUACGGAUGAGUUUAUCAUCAUCCAUCUUCUUGAAAUGUUACAUCGUUCACCGUUGUGAACAAACAUGCUUGAUAGCUUUAGGCUGUUUAUGUCGGUACGAGAUGUUCAUCACUGAUGAAUGAUCCAUGACUGUGUUGGGAGAAUAUUACAAAUACGUGACGUGCUUCAAAAUGAAUUUGACUGCAAAUGCUACGAAAAGACCCAAACCACCAGUGUGUUACACAUGUGAUCAGUACGUUUCAUUUGUAUCAUAAGCUCAGUAUGUCACUUUGACAAUCAAAAUAAUGGAUUUACAACUUUGCAGUUUUGAGGUACAGUCACAGUAUGAGUUUGCGUGCACCGUUUGCCUUUUCAGAAAAGGCCUGACAUUUUGGGAGAUCUUGGCUUGUGCUCUGAAGGAUUUUUGUCAAUGUAUUCUAUUAUUUUCCUUUUUUUUAGAUUUGUAAUGGUACUAGAAAAAUUAAACUGUACUUGAAAAACAUUUCUGCCUCUAAUGCAACACCUGUCCUCAAUAAAUCAACUUUCUUUAGCCUAAUAA